AUGAUGGAUAAACCGCAGAUUCUAGUCCAAGCGUCGGAAGACGUUUCCUACACCAUUUUCGACGUGGACUGGUACCCAGGGUCGGCGAAACUGGUGUCGGUGGGGUGCCAGCCUCGUGGCACCGGCGUGGUGCAAGUGUUUGAAAUAACUGAUGGGAAAAUGGUCGAGUGUGGAUCCGCGAGUCUCCCGAACGCGUCCAAGUGUUGCACUUUUGGCGCCUCCGCCAUGACGGAUCGCAAAUUGAUCGUCGGCGACAUGAAGGGCCAAAUCUCCGUCGUGGACUUGGAGAAAUUGCAGAGCGUGGAGACGGUCGGGGCGCAUGAUGACGCCGUGAAUUGCAUUGAUGGGUUUGGAGGACUCGGCGCCGAAGGCAAAGGUGAUCUUGAAGCGGUUGUUGUGAAGUGGUGGCAUUUGAUUUGGCUUGUUUAG